GAUCAGACGUUUAAUUGUUUAUUCAGUUUAUUUUUGGCGUCAGUUCUACAGUAUACGUCGUAGUAGAUCUCAUCAAGCCAGACAAACUGAAACAGUUGAAGUGUUUGGACCUGAAGCUGGUCACCAGGCAUGCUGGCAUGCAUCAUCUCCCAAUUUAUGAAUCAGUUGUUGAGGUUAUACAAGCGUUGCUGCUGUCGUUUCCUCUUGCUGACUUUGAUGCAUCUGGUUGCAAUAUAGCUGUUGACAUCAAAGCCAAGAAAAAGGUUAAUCCUGACAAUGACAGACAGGUGUUUUAUGUUCGGGUAUCAAGUAGUCAAGACUUGGAUUUGGAAACUCUUUUUAAAGAAAAGGUCCUGACACGAUUUGCCGAGGUUCUGCUGUACAUGCAAUGUGGGGAGGAGGAGGGUCACUUGUCGGUACAGCGGCCAUGUCGGGAGGAGACAGGCAGCAGUGUACACGAGGUCUUCUGGCUGGAACAGACAAAUCUUGGAGACAUGACCCUCAAAUGUCAGCAUUCUUCACAGACUCAAAAUACAGACUUCACCGAAACACCGCCCCGUUUUGUCAUACAUUUCAGGAUCGUUCAGAGCGAAAGCCACAUCAUGUCAGAAGGACAGCUUAUACACAGGUUCUUACACAAACUGAAAUUCCUACACGGAAAGCUGGACACCACAUUUUCCAUGAAAGUGUGUGGAGCAGUAUGUCAAACCGAUUUCAGUGCAAGGAAUUGCGUGCAAGUCAAAGGCAUAUCUUUAGUUGAUGACUUAAGAUUCUUCUUUGGGAAGGGCUGUCUUAAGUCUAUGUGUUGUGGGACUGUGCGUGGGUUCAGGGGAAGAAGCCUUGCAGCUGGACUGAACUCGGGAGGUCUCCUCUCUCCUUCCCCCAUCUCUUUGUCCACCCUGGCUUGUCUCUACCCAGUCACAGAGCGGUACCCCCAGCACACAGGCUCCCAGGACAUGACAGGCCAGGUCUUCAUAAAUUUUUAUGGCCCACUCCUAACUCCACUACUUCUGAGCAGUAGACAGUUGGAGAUGCUGGACAUACACAAACUUACUGAUUGGAGUACAUUGUCAUUGCGGUUGACAGACACGGAACAAAAGAUGCAAAGUGACAUGACCGCUACAGCAACACUGAUGAAUCAGCGCUACAUGCCACCCUGGGCCGCCGGAGCCACAACGUUCCUCCUGGGCCUGGCCGUGAUUGUCUCCGACCUUUGUGCAGAUGACGACGCAAACAGAGAUCGAGAGAUCAUCAGACAUCUUCAGGGUGACGUCAGCCUGCUUCCCCAGCUGUACCCAGCCAUCUCAGAAAGCCUGCAGUCAUCCUUACAACACAUCUUUGCAAACAGAGUUACUGAAUAUGAGAAGAUGCACGAGAAGACGUACACCCAGUCAAUCCAGAUGAUAACAUCCGCCAUCUGUCAUGUCUUCAAUCACAGCACAAAUGUCAACUUCAGAAAUGACAUGAGCCAUUUGUUACAGGUUGACACGAGGCAGGCAUUGGAGAAGGCGCUCAAGACACGACUUCGGGAAAUAGCCCAUGUAUCAGAUGCCCAGAUACAGGAGAUCGAGACCGAUGAUGCAGACACGGACAUAGAUGAAUGGGGCGAAGCUACCUAUCCUAGGCUUGCCGACACUGCAGGUGCUACUGGUGACCUUCAGGACACUCCAGACGCCAUAGCAACCUCACAGGUUCGUUGGAAUCUGCCUUCAAGACAGCAAGAAAACCUUGCCCAAAAUAUGGUGCAAGAUGUUGAUCACUUGGAUGAAGGCGAUGGGACCAGGUCACAGCAUCUACACGACAACAGUUCCCAUACACAAGCCCACCAGGAUAUCAAUGUUAAUGCGAACCCAAGGCAGAGAUCGCCCAGCAUGAUGAGGGAAGACUUCGACUCUCAAAUGAGUUGGGAUAUUCAGGAUACAGAUAUUGUUGAAGAUGACACAGGAUCAUGGUCUCUCACAAGCAGAGUUCUCCAUACAAAUCAGGUCUCAAUGCAAGAGCCACGUUUUUACCCAGUGACCCAAAGGGAAGAUGAUGAUCUGCUUGUUCCGCCGAUGUCCUCCGCCACACUCACACACCCUGACAGACCAAACGAUCACCAGCAGUCAGUAGAUGACUGGUUGAAUGAAGUAAUGCUGGAUGUUGCAGACUGGCUCUGACUAAAUCAGAUACACUGUUGACCCAAUUUUAAACGUUGUUGUAUAAGACAGUACAGUUUGGUUGCUGGCAAAGUGUCUAUGAAUAUUUUUUACUAAUAUUUACUUGAAAUGUAUCUGACAUUGAUGGUGAUCGUUUAUCAUUUACAAGUUGACAUAAAAUGUUUUUUCCAUUCUUCUGCUACAUAACUGGUACCACCAUCUCUUUUCUGUCUUAGCUGAAGAGAAACUGAGCAUAUUUUACCUGAAAUGGCUGGUUGGUAGAUAAAGUUAACAAACUGA